AACGACGCUGGCGCUGUGGCGCGCGCCCAGCGUGCCCAAAGGGCUGCUGCGGGACAUGCUGCAGGGCGCGACCGAGGUCGUGGACGCAGGCGGCACGACGCCCGCCUUCGCGAUCACUCUGUUCAUCGCGGACCCGUGGCUGCGCGGGAGCAUGAUGACGUUGGAGGACGCCCCUGCGGAUGGAGGAGCUCCGGGCGACGCCGACGCGGACGCGCCCCUGCAGGCCCACCGGCAGCCGCACGUGUUCUACCUCUCGGGCAAGGUCACGGUGCACGCUUACCGUCAUCGCAGCUCCAGCGCAAGACUCGAGCCGCCGCAGUUCGCGAGCCUCGAUGCCCUGCCGUUCCGCAGGGGCAGAUCGCUGCUGGUGCUGCCGCUCCAGGCGGCGCCCGGGCGCCCCAUCCUCGGCGCGCUGCAGAUCUCGCCCGCGCCUCUGCGCGUGCCGCAGCGGCCGCAGCAGCCGCAGCAGCCGGCCACGGCCCGCGCGCAGACGUGGGCGCGGGAGGAGGCCGCCAGUUCCAGCACGCCCGGUGACACGCCGAGCGGCGCGGCGGCCCAUUCGCAGAGCGCGCGCGGGGCGCCAGACGAGCCAGGCGCCGGCGGCUGGCAGCAGGCCACCAUAUCCGCCGCGCAGGCGGAGGGCCUCCAGCUCCUCUGCACCACCGCCGCGGGCAUCGUCGACAUGCACUGCCGCAGCGAGGCCAGCAGGCAGCUCCAGAGCCGCGCGCGCGACUGCCUCUCCAUCGCGGCUGCGAUCCACGAGGCAAGGAACCUGGCCGAUUUCGAGAUGGUCGUGAAGACCCGUGUGGCCCGUUUCUUCAGCGUGGCGUUGGUGCGGCUGCUGUUCUAUUCGCCCGAGACCAAGGACGGGCUGCUCACCACCGCCACAAGGGCGCAGAGGUUGGGCGCCCACUCGGAAGGCCCGAGGCCGGCCGCGGUCGCGGGGCGCCGGAACUUGACCCGGUGCUCGAUCCAGGCCCGAGAUCUCCUGCAGCCCACCGUUGUGCUCUUGGCGGCCGCCUCUGCCCGGCGCGGCGGCUUCUCGUCGGCGUACGUGCACGAGCAGGCCGACGGCAUUGGCGCCACGGGCCGCCAGCGGGAGGCCAACAUGUUGUGCGGACCGUUGUUGGCCCAGUCUGCGGACGACCGCGAGCACGCCAUCGGCGUGCUGCAGCUGAUCGAGAAGCGCAUACGAGCGGACUCCGAGGCGAGCUUCGAGAGCGCCUUCCACGAGGAGACCGAGUCGAAUCGCGGCGCCUGUGACCCCUUCACUCCGGUUGACGAAAGCUUCUUCGCAGACCUCCUGAAGAUCAUAGGGAACGCGGCCUGGAGGACCAUGCAGGCGCAGGCUCACCGCCUCCACGGGGAGAAGGCGGAGUCCUUGAUGGAGGAGGCUCGACGGCGCGCCAGAGUGGCCCGUUUCGGGGGCAGCGUUAGCGGGGGGUGGGCUGGAAGUUCGAGGUUCGGAGGGCCGCCCAUGUUUCAACUGAUCUUCUUCUCAACGUUCUUCAUUGUUCUCAGGCGCGGUUGGUUUGAGCCACCCUGGAUGAGAACAUGUUGUAGCAUGUUUGUCCUUGCCAGUUGUGCGCCAGGGCGCUUUCUCGUAAGAGUAUGCUGCCUGCGCCUUCCCACUUAACAGGAGUGAGGGGAUGGCGGCAUCAUUGUUGACACAGGUGUCCGUGUGCCAAAUAUGAGCCCGUGCUUUAUCUCUUUUGGCUCCCUGUUCCAGCGUCGCAUUUGCGUUCAUUGGCAGCCUGUGCGAAAAUAGGUAUAUUCGCGUGCGCUCUCUAAUCGCAUACCCUUUUACCUCAAUGGUGGUCGAACAUGCCAAAGUUAGCAUGAGCACACCGAUAGGACAUGCCGCAUGGUGAAACCGUGUAAAGCAUGAGGGAAACGACGAUGUACAACAUGCAAGUGCG